ACCCGGGAGCUCGGAGGGCGGAAGGGGAGAGGUUUGCUCUGGCCGCGGCGGAGUCUUGCCUCCUCCCGCGGCCUCCGAUUCGCAAUGCCUCGGUACUGCGCUGCUACCUGUUGCCGGAACCGAGCGGGGCAAAGCGCCCGGGACCAGCGGAAGCUCAGCUUCUACCCCAGAUUUCCUCUUCACGAUAAAGAAAGAUUAGAGAAAUGGUUACGGAAUAUGAAACGCGACACUUGGACUCCCAGCAAGCACCAGGUUCUCUGCAGUGACCAUUUUACGCCAGAUUCUCUUGAUGUACGAUGGGGCAUUCGAUAUUUGAAAACGACAGCAGUACCGACUAUUUUUUCAUCAUCUGUUAAUCAGGAAAAAGGAUUUUCCCAGAAAAGAAAACAAGAGAAAACAGAUGUCAAACAAAUGGAUAUGAGUAUAGCAACUGCAUCUCUUAAACUUGCUUCACCAAAGAAAAAUAUCAUUGAAGAAAGCCUAUCUAGAAAAGCACUUUUUACAACUUUAAGCAAGUCUCCAGAAAAGAAAGGACUGCUUAAGAACACAGUAAAAGUUGAAGAUGACGUUUCCUGCCUAAUUAAGUCUGUUACACAGAAUACAGAGCAAAGCAGCCCAGUCUUAAUGCCAGCUGAUGUGCAGAAUUCAGCAGCGCACAAUUACAGCUCCUCAGAAAAUUGUAGUUUUAAUAACUCUAUAGAUAACAUCUUCAGUGGCACAACCACAAUUUUGCAAACUUCAGUUCAUGAUCUUCAUUCAUGUCUUGAGCGCCUUUCAGAUUCCAAAGUCACAGUUCCACAGACACAUCUUGAACACUUGGGUUCAUCUCCAGAAUUAAACAAUAUCACUGUACCAAUUAAUGACCUUCCAUUUGAUCAACUGGACUUUCCCAUUGCAAGCUGUUCAGUGGAAUUGCAAGAAACUGAUGAAAACACUGUGUUGCUCCACACUGUUUCACAAGCUUUAGAACAGUUGAAUGGUAAUAAAGAUUCUGUUAUCACCAUUAUAGUUCCCUCUGAGGGUUCAAGAACACCCAUGCUGUUAGAGGGUUCAUUUCUACCAGCAGAACAGGAAUUAAUAAACAUAGAAACGGAAACAUCUGCAUCUAUUGCCAGUUACAGUGGAAUUGAUGUUCUGCAGACUGAGCAUUCAUAUUGUAGGCAAGACUCUGACAGGGAACAACUCUGGCAGAAAAUUACAAAGCUGCACUCCAAAAUAGCACUUUUAGAAAUCCAGGAGAGAAAAACCCUAAACAGGCUCAAAUCCUUAGAAGCACUUAUCGCAAAACUAAAGCAGGAAAAUCUGCUCUCUGAAGAAAAACUAAAGAUUGUAGAAAACUGUUUCACAACAUUUGAAGUUACUAUGAUACAAUAAAGGUUUUGCACUGAUUGUUUCAACUGA